AUGGGUCGCAAGACAAAGAAGCCAAGACAGAAUAAACUGCAGCAGGGUCCAAACAUUGCAGAGCUCCUGCGGCUGACACGUGGGGCAACUUGGCCCAAGAUGGCUGCCUAUCCGGAGACCUACUUCGAGCUAUUGGAUAAUUUCUCCUUUGGGGAAGAGGCUGCUGACUUACCUCCGGUGCAGAUACCG